GCCGCGCGAGAGCUCUGUCUGAUCCCCACCCUCUCUCCCCCGUACGAACUCUAUAUAAACAAACAGGCUUGCCCUCCGCAGCACACGCGCUUCGUUCCUCCUCGUCCCUCGCCUUCGCCUCCUCUCCGUCUCCCUGCAGAGAGAGCACCGCAAGUUGCAGGCAAGGGGGAGAUAGGAGGGACAGAGCAGGAGAUGGCAGGCUGCGACGGAGCCAGGUCACCGGCCUCCAAGGAGGAAGAGGCAUGCGUUGAGAAGAAGUACGGAGGAAUUGCACCCAAGAAGCCUUUGAUAUCCAAGGACCACGAGCGCGCCUACUUCGAUUCAGCAGACUGGGUGCUCGGAAAGCAAGCUGCCAAUAGCAGCACAAGGGCCGCUGUUGAGUCUCUGAAGCCCAAGCUGAAGAGAACUCCUCACCACCAGCUCCCCCCUCGCAAGCCGACCUGCGCUUCCAGCUGAGACGCACGGUGAGCUGGCUGGCCUCCAAUCCAAAAGCCUGAAGCACUUAGCUCGUAGUAGCAUGACGCGCAGCUACAUGCAAAAGCACCGCAAGAAAUGACCAGGUUCUGUGUUCGUGCAGUGCAGCUGCUGGAGCGAGUGCUCGAUCGGAGGCAAGCAAGGGAGAAUGCAUGAUUGAGCUUGGAUAAUGUUUGGUUCGUCCGAAAUCGUAGGGACGGAUCAGAAGCUCGAGGUGCACUCUGGCUACUAGCUUGUCAGUUGCAGCCUCUAUUAUGUUUCUCAUCAGAAACGGAUUAAUUAUCGGCAUCAUGCUUAAGUUAGAUGGUCCUUGGUGUCAGGGGCGGACCCAGCUUUUGACGAAGACUGGGGCCAAACGAGUGGAACGAGCUGUGCCCUGUGGACUGGGCUUCUUUUUUCUGGGCCAAAACGAGGCGGGGUGCUGGUGGUUACUGGGCCACGACUAGGGCCACGGCCCGGGUGGCCCUAGUGGCAGGUCCGCCCCUUAUUGGUGUAUGAACUAAAAGUUUUCUCGUUUCGGAAGAAAAAAAACAUUUGUCCAUUA